UCUAAGAGGAAAGAUGAUUUCCAGCUCGUUCGUCCGCCUGGGACUUCUGCUUUUCAUCCUGAGCUUAGCAACAAGUCAGGAUAAUUGCAUGAAAAAUGGAGGAUUCUGCCAGGCACAUGGGGAGUGCUGCUCCAAAAAAUGCCUGACCUUUAUGCAGCAGUGUGCCAAGCGCGUAGGUUCCUCCGAACCCUUUCCUCCGAAAAUGGGAUAGAAAUUAGUGGACCAAAUGCUUAAUCAUUAUACUCCUUUCCAAAAUUAUACGAUCUUCUAUCUUCGUUGAAAAAUGAAAGAGCAUAAUAGAGUGAAAUAAAGUAUGCAGAGUUGUAGCACAGAGUCUGAUGUAUUAUUCUUAUUGUUUUUAAUAU